AUGAGUGAGAGAUCCAGCAAUCGGGUUUCCUUUGCGUCUUGCAACAGCCAAUACUAUGAGCAAGUUCUGUGGAAAGCCAUUUUGGCCCGUGAUCCAAGUGUGUUUAUAUGGGGCGGCGAUACCGUAUAUGCAGACGUUAGUGACAAAGAUCCGGCUCCUCCCGACAGGAUCGAACAAUUGUACAAGGAACAAAAGUUAGAUCCAGGCUACCAAGAGUUGCUUUCACGCAAAAUUCCCAUUCUAGGUGUCCUGGAUGAUCACAACUAUGGAAUCAACAAUGGCGAUCGGACGUAUCCCUAUCGGACGGCAUCAGGCCGUCUCUUUGCUUGCGACUUUUUAGAGCAACAAGGAACUGCAUUCUGUGAUCGAGCCAAAAACGGAAAGGGAGUCUACGCCGUCAAGGUGAUGGACUUUCAUAGGCCCAAGGGACAAGAACUCUUGACGGAUGAGGAAGCGGGAUUGGAUCCAGAUGUUCCAAUAUCAGUACAACCAGAAACAAACAGCAACAAUCCGCAGCCAUCAGUGUUAUCGGAUCGCUCUGUGGCCAUCUUCUUGCUCGAUGUACGGUCCAAUUCAUCGCCCAUCACCAAGCAUGGACUGGAUUCGGCACACUACGAUGGUGAUCUACUGGGUGAAGAUCAAUGGAAAUGGUUUGAAGCUGCUAUUGGAAAAUCUACUGCUGCUGUCAAUAUCGUGGUGCAGGGGAUCCAGGUGCAUACUGACAAGCUAGCGUCAGCUGACCGUUAUGAGACAUGGAGCAACUUUCCCGCGUCCCAGCAUCGCCUCUAUCAAGCCAUGCUCCAAGAUCAUGUCAAGGCGCCGAUCUUGGUCAGCGGCGAUGUCCAUCUUGCACAACUGCUAAGAAAGGAUUGCCAGCUUUUUCAUCAUCACGCAACAAAACAGCAAGCAGAACCAGUUUCUCAGUCCAAACCAAAGAUGCUCUUGGAAGUUACUUCCAGUGGUAUGACACAUUCUUGGGGCGCAUCUUGGGGAGGUCACAUUUGUGCACGACCACGUAGCCUUUUCCUUUGCCGGACGCCUCAUGUUCGAUGGGCUGCCAAACUGGGCAUGCACCUGGGACAAUGGAUAAAUGGGAAAAAGGUCUGGACCGAACUGGUGGAUUUGUCGUCAGCAGCUCAAACCGAUGAGACCAUGGUGGUACCUGCUGGUGAAGGAAAGUUAGGCCUGCAAUACGAACUCAACCUCAACUUUGGCGAGUUUGAAUUCGACUGGGCCAAUAAAGCAGUCUCGAUUCGAAUUUUUGGGAAACAAGUGGAUGCCCCACCACUUCUGAGUACCCGGCUCUACCUGGAUAGCCUCUCGGGAACAAGGAAUGACAUUCAAGUGGCGGCUGAGGAGGAUUACUUUGUCGAGACUUACAAUCGACUCGAGAGCAAUGGUGGCUUCACUUCCAAUGCUGCCGUGGACAAUCAGUGGAUCUGCGUAAAUUACAGAGGGCGGCAUGAUCCCGUCUCUCAAGUUGCUGGAAUCUUUAUACCAUUCGGGGCCGGUGCGGCAGUUGCCGGCUUCCCGUUUAUUGCGAUGAUCCUCGCAAUCCGCAGAUAUCUAGGACGACGAAAAGUAAAGCAGUCUUGA